CUGCUCAAUCAACUACCAGACAACGUUAGAGGUGUGCACGACCUCCUACUUACCUCCUACCUGUGAAAUCCCCGAUAUUGCUUGGCAUUAGAGCUUUUGACAUCAUAACCAAAAGUAUAUAUCCUCUGCUGAAGAGAGAAAUGGCGGAGUGUUGUGAAUAUGAGAGUCAAGAUAAAACAUCUACCGAAGUAACGGGGAUCGAUUCACCUGUCGGAAUGUCGGCCACAAGCACUGCAGCCAAUGGUGUGGAUGAAACCGUGUGUGAAUUCUUUCGCCUUGGAAAAUGUCGGUUUGGCGAUAAGUGUCGAAAAGCUCAUCCAGAUGAUAUGGAAAUCCAAUCACCAUCAAAAAAAUUCACCAAGAAAAGAAUGAAGCCGAAAACCCCCGAUGACGUCAUUGUUCCGAAGAAACCACCAAUGAAGACCGCCGGCGAUGUGCGCGAUCGUAUAUUGUGGGACGAAGCCCUCCCGGCCGAGUACUUUACCAUUGGAUACGUUGAUCGAUUUGCCGGCUUGGUCGAGAAGCCUUUCGUGACUUUCACUUGGGGUGAUUUGUGCGACGCUGGACCUGAUGACUUGGCCAUACCUCAACACUGCAUUAGUUACUUUAAAUACAAAGGCGAGAAAGUGUGGGAUAAGGAGACUCGAAUGGAUCACGUCUUCGGCAGCGCAGGUAACGAAGUGAAAAUAAUUGAGAAAAUGUGCUCUAUAGACCAGGAUAUAGCAAAUAAACUUGCCGAAAAGAAUUCUGAUGAUGAAGACUCAGAUGAAGACAUAGGUUUCGAUCCUAUUCCUUCUAACUUUUCGAGUGCAGUUAGUUCCAAAUUCGAUGACCCUAAUCUGAGAGCUUCCCAUUUUCUAUGCAUCAAAGUUACCAACGAUGAAUUGAAGCAGCUAGCUCGCACAGUUCAACACGAUGUAGUGAUGGCAGAUCCGACACUGAGGAGCUGUGUUAUGCCCACUGACUUGUUCCACGUAACCUUGACAAUGCUACGCUGCAAUUCGAUGACAGCAGUCGUGCGAGUGAGCAAUCUUUUGCAAGAACUUCAACCUACGUUACAAGAACUGCUUAAAGGAAGCUCGGGUGCCACCAGCUCACAACGGCUCAUCAAAGCUAGCGGACUCUCAACGUUUGGAGCUCGCGUGCUUUACGUCAAAUUAGAGGUUACUGAAGCUUUCUCCAAAACUGUUCGGACGAUUCAAGAGAAAAUUCGGAUGAUGCAAGACGUGAAUGUAACUAAUAAUUUUAAUUUUGUUCCUCAUUUGACGUUAUUGAAAAUCAGCAGACCGACUGAGCGUGAACGCCGGUCUAAGUACAUGAAUUCCAGUUUAUAUAGCGACUAUUUAGAUCAAGAAUUCGGAACCAUCACUUUCGAUAAUAUUCAUUUCUGUUCAAUUGAUGAGAAUCGAGGAUAUGAUGGCUUCUACCAAACAGCAUCCUGUAUAACUUUCUGAGUAAUUUUAAGAGAUAUUAUCAUACGUAAAUUGACUAACUUUCGCCUAGACUAAAAUUAAAUUAAAAUUUUAUUAUAUCUAAAAUUCAAUUUUUUUUAAUAUAUUUUGUCUGUGUCUCGACAUUAAACAUCAAUCUAACUAAUUUAGUGUAUACAAUAUUUUGCGAGAAUAUGUUUUGUAGUUGUGUUAUAUAUGUUAUAGGCAAAGAAUUACAUCAAAUAAAAAUUUAAAUCGUAUUCACGCCAGCGUGUAUUUUACAGAAGCUUUUCCGAAUCGUUAAAACUUUUCUUUCCCAAUAUUUAAUUUUUAACGUAGUAUUACACAUUAUGCAGACGCAUACUGUAUAGUGCUGGUUCAAAUGUAUUAUUAGAAUUAUAUUUAAUCUA